UCAAGCCACGUUUUCUCAGUAACAAACACAGAGCGAAGCCACACCAUUGAUUAAACCCAUGAUGAUGUUCAUGAUUGUCUCUAUCUCUCUCUCUCGUCUUUCCCGCAUGUAAUGUAAUUUCAUGAUAUUCAUGAUACAGUUCAAUCCUUUCUUAUCUGUUCACUAUCCCAGCGAUUAUUUGCUUUUGGCCCUUUGAGUAAGUAGAUUCAUUCUCCUCCCCCAACUUGUAGCUUUCAAAAGUUGGGAUUUUUAAGCACGGGUUCUUCCGGGUUUCCAUUGGGUUUCGGACUUUCGGUGAUUUUGAGUUAACCCUUCUCACUCGGUUAUAUCUUCUCAUUUGGUCAUUUCAUUACAAGUGCACGUAUUUGCAUAUGUUGGUUUUGGGUUUUUUGUUUUUUAUAUGAAUGAAUCACUAUUGGGUUUAUGCAUAAAUGAAAGACAUGUUUUGAAAAAAUUUCUUAUAACUUUAUGCAGGUGAUUUCUGGCACACUGUGGCAGGUUGAUGGUUCAUAUUGCUCUAAAAGCAAGUAGAUUCCUCUAUCAACAUUCGGAAGCCCUCGAUUUUCCCAUUGCCAUUAGUGGUUGUGUGACUUGUGUCUUUCAUUCAGGAAUUAGUUCAAUGAAAGAAAUAAAUUCUAAAAUGGUUUCUAAUUUGUGUACUCUUGCCCCCAAUGGUGAACCCUGCAUCACAGAUUCCUUCUCAGCCAGUGAGGACCCUGAUACUUCAUCUAUGAGUGUGAAAUCUACCCCUGAAAUUGAAAAGAAGUUUGUCCAUCAUGUUUAUGAUGCUAUUGCUCCACAUUUCAGUUCCACCCGGUUUGCCAAGUGGCCAAAGGUUGCCACAUUUCUAUCAUCUUUGCCUUCAGGAUCUCUUGUCCUGGAUGCCGGAUGUGGGAAUGGGAAGUACUUAGGUUUAAAUCAUGAUUGUUUUUUUACAGGAUGUGAUAUAAGUCCUUCCUUGAUUAAAAUAUGCUCGGAUAGAGGGCAUGAAGUUCUGGUUGCAGAUGCUGUGAAUCUUCCUUACAGAACUGGUUUUGGUGAUGCAGCAAUAUCUAUAGCUGUGUUACAUCAUUUAAGCACUGAAAAUAGAAGGAGAAAAGCAAUAGAAGAAUUAGUCCGAGUUGUUAAAAAGGGUGGCCUUGUUCUGAUUACAGUUUGGGCUGUAGAACAAGAGGAUGGAUCGCUGAUUACCAAAUGGACUCCACUUAAAGAGAAGUAUGUUGAAGAGUGGAUAGGACCAGGAGGUCCUUUUACUAGGGCCCCUUCAUCCUUAUCAUUAGAAAGUAUUUCAGAAAGUGAGGAGAGUAGCUCAGGUGAGCACAUGAAAGUUUGCAAUGAUUCAAAAUUAUCAAGAGAUUUGAAGGAAGAAAAAAAUAUGAAGAAUCAACAGGAAUAUUUUGUUCCUUGGCAUUUACCUUAUCAUCGUGCCGAAGUCAGUGGUGCUUCUGCGCAUGCUCUUGCUACUGGUCUGGCAACUAAAGAUGACAAAAAGGGUGCUGUAGUGUAUAAUAGAUAUUAUCAUGUUUUUAGUGAAGGCGAGCUUGAAAGUUUGGCAACUGGAAUAAACAAUGCUAGAGUUGUUGAUCAGUUUUUUGAUAAAUCCAACUGGUGUAUGAUUCUAGAGAAGAUGUCAUAACCAAGAAAGAAACCUAGCUGGUAUGUUAGGGAACAAAAGUUGGAUGCUGCCCCUUAAGACAUCUGUCCAACUUAUCACCCUCAAGUGAGUAUAGCAGGCCAGAGAGUAGUAUGGAAACUUUAACAAUGUUUAUCUUGCAACUAAACUUCUUUUAGCUUCUAAAUUCUUGAUAUAAAAAAUGGACAGUUUGAUAACUUGGUCAGUAAUGAUUGGCUGACCUUUUUAUCAUCCAAAUCAGGCUACAAUCUUGAAGCAACCCCAAGUUACUGUUUUUAUUAUUCUUUCUUUCUGAUUUGCAAAACCCAAUUUUUAUUGUAACAAUUGAGCACGAAGGACACCAAUGUUGUGUGUGUUGAUGUUGUUGUUACUGGGAACUGUGUGUACCCUAACAAUGCUGAACAUCUUUUAGCCACCUUCACACCAGGAGCAAUUACAAUGAUUUCAUGUACUGGACAGUUUAUUUGGUGGUUGGAUCCCACUAUUAUGACAUCUUUGGUUCCGUGGUAGCGCAGAGCCCAUAUCAUUGUUCGGCCCCACCGUCUAACUUAAGAAGAUUAUGUGAGCAAUUUAAAACGUGAAUAUGUACAUUUUGAAUGCGGUAAUAGGAGCUGAAUGUUGAACCUGGUUUGGCUUUCAGUCAGAAACUUAUGAUUCUGUUAUGCCUUUGCUGCAGUGGCUUCUGUUAUGCCUUGAAGAGAAGCAAAAUUUGAACUAGACUGAGUAUUUUACAUGGUCCGCAGCAAUUUGAUAAGUUGUUUCCUCCGUCAGCUACUAGAUAAUGUGUCUGUAUGAGUGACUUUGAAAGUGUGAGGCUGCCCGCCGUUGCAUGUAACGAAUUUUGACAUUGAUAAGGUUGUAUUUUUAAGAGCUUUGAUUUUCUCAGGUGCACGAAAAUUAUUGAGUUUCAU